AUGAAAUUUGUAAUAUUAUCCAUUUUAAUAUUGUUUGUAACAAUUUCAUUUGGAAUUGACCAAUCUACAUUCAACAAUUUCGAAGAUGGUUCAUCAUCAUCCUCCUCCUCAUCAUCAACAAAAAAAUAUUACUCUUUAACAAGUAAUUUUGAUGUUGUACCAGGUAAACAAGUUCCAAAUUCAAUCGCUUGGGGUUAUUUCCAAGAUGAUUUAUAUCAAGAUGGUUGGGGUAAAUUAUCAAUUGAUACAGUUUCAACAGUUUCAGAUGAUAUUGCAUUCAAAGCAGCAGGUUAUUUAGAAGGUUAUUUAACUUGGAAUUAUAUUUAUAAUUUUUCAGUAAAUUAUUUCAAUACCUAUUUCAAUACAUCAAAUAUUAAAGAGUUUCCACUUGAAGUUAUUGAUUUUGUUAGUACCAAUUGGGAAUAUAUGGAAGAACAAAUUGCCUCAGCCUCAACAACCGAUCCAUAUUGGAUUCAAGUAAAAAAUUCAAUGACUCAACAAUUAGGUCUUUUUGAAGGUUAUAACGCUGCAGCUGGUUCAGAUUAUCAAAAAACAUUUUUAGAAAUUUAUAUGAUUAAUUUAUAUGGUGAUUUAGGUGAUAUUGUCACAGCAACAACUCAAAACAACACUCAUUUUUCACCAAUGAACCAAAAAAAUGUUGAAGAGUAUAUGGCAACAACCGGUCAUUGUACUACUUUAAUUAAAUUAACAGCAAACAACUCUGAACUUUAUGUUGCUCAUACUACUUGGAGUGAAUAUGCCGAUAUGAUUAGAAUUUAUAAAAGAAUUAAUAUCCCAGUUGCAUCUACACCAUAUGGUAGUGAAACUUUAUUUGCUUCAUAUCCAGGUCUUUUAGUUUCAAUUGAUGAUUUUUAUAUGAUCCGUCCAUCAAAAUUACAAUUAACAGAAACUUUAAAUUCAAUUUUAAAUCAAACUCUUUACACUCUCAUCAAGCCACAAACAUUUUUAUAUUGGGUUAGAAAUUUAGUUGCAAAUAGAUUAUCAAAUAACGGUUUUGAUUGGGUCAAAUAUUUUGUUAUUAAUAAUUCAGGUACCAAUAAUAUUCAAUUUAUGAUUGUUGAUUAUAAACUCUUUACACCAUAUGCACCAUUGGUACCAGAUACUCUUUGGAUCGUCGAACAAUAUCCAAUGGGUUAUGUUGCUGCAGAUGUUACCUUCAAUUUAAUACAAGAUGGCUAUUGGGCAAGUUUCAAUCGUCCAUACUUUUUAGAGGUAUUUGAUGUUCUUGGUUACCCAUACUAUGUCACUCAAUACGGUAAACUCUUUACAUAUGAAAACAAUCCACGUGCAAAUAUUUUCCGUGCUCAACAAGGUUCAAUCGAAACUGUCAAGGAUAUGCAAAAUAUGAUCGAAUAUAACGAGUGGAAAACUGACCCAUUCAGCGAAGGCUAUCCAGGUAAUGCUAUUGCUGCAAGAUAUGACUUAAAGGGUGGUCCAGAUUAUAUCCCAUCAUGGUGGUAUCGUGGUGCUCAUGGUGGUAUCGAUGCAAAACUUAUGAGUAAUGCAAUGUUUAACUCAUACACUGCUAUGGCACGUAACGGACCAACUGUAACUGAUGAUUGUCCACCAUUCAAUUGGGCUGAUUGGGAUAGUAUUCCACAUCAAGGUAUGCCACAAAUUUUCAAUUUUUCGUGGAUUACAAUCGAUUUAAAUUAA